AUGAAGUCGUUAAUCGAGGAAGACGACGUGGAAGUAUCCAGAUUCCGUCGUAACGCAUUUUCAGCUGUUGCUCUUUCUACUUCUUGUAUUCUUGCAAUUGUCAUCUUGACGCCAAUUGCGUAUCAAGCCAUACAGAGAAUUCAUUCGAAUCUUCUGAAUGAUGCUCAUUUUUGUCAGGCACGAAACCGUGACUUGUGGACAGAAACGAUGGAAAUGGCGAGAAGUCGUGGAAGAGACGAAGAGUUAGUGGCCAGAACGAAACGAGAAGUCAAAGGAACAUGGCUGUUCGGACAAUACAUUCCAGAUAGAUCGAGCAGAAAUAGAAGACAACAAUAUGCCGAGGCGGGACCAGCUGGCGGAGGAGCUCCACCAAAUGCAGAGUGUCGACGUGGACCACCUGGACCACCAGGAGAUAACGGAGUUGACGGUGAUGACGGUAAAGACGGAGCUCCGGGAACCGAUGGAAAGAAUGGAGAGCAGCCACAAGCGCCAGCAGAUGGAGGGUACCAAGAGGGACCAUCUGACGCAGUGGAGGCAUGCAUUCGUGAAUGUCCACCUGGACCACCUGGACAGACAGGAGCACCUGGAGAUAAGGGAGCCCGAGGAUAUCCAGGAGAGAGUGGAGAGCCAGGAACACCAGGAAAGGCUGGACCAAAAGGAAAUCCAGGACCCGCUGGACCACCAGGACCACCUGGCUACCCAGGUCGUCCCGGAGAAACUGGAGAAAACGGAAAGACUCUUGCCGGAGAAGCUCCACCAGGUCCACCAGGACGUCAAGGAGAAAUGGGACCACAAGGACCUCCAGGACCCCCAGGACCACGUGGAAAAGACGGAGCCGGUGGAGAGAAGGGAGCACCAGGAGAUCAAGGAAACCCGGGACCAUACGGUAAACCAGGACAACCUGGAGAGCCAGGAUCCGAUGGAUCCGCUGGAGAGAAGGGAUCUUGUGAUCAUUGUCCACCACCGAGAACUCCACCUGGUUAUUAA